AUGAACUGUAAGAAAUGUGAUGAUAAGCGUGUUUUUUGCCGACGACAUAAAAGUAAUCCAGCACAGCCACCACCAGCAGUUUUACCAGAAGAAAGAAUUCGAGAUGCAAAAGUUUUUGAAAUUGUUGGAGUGGAUUUGGCUGCACCGAUUUUCUUGAAGGAUGGUACGAAGGCGUGGAUAUGUUUGUUCACCUGUGCCAUUUACAGGGCUCUUCAUCUGGAAUUGGUCACAACAUUGUCAACAGAGGGUUUCCUUGAAGUAUUGCGUCGCUUUAUAGCACGAAGAGGACGACCGAGAAGAAUAUAUAGUGAUAAUGGGACAAAUUUCAGAGGAUCUGAUAACAUGCUGCAGAAAGUGAACUGGUCGAAAAUCACGGAUUAUAGUGCGAUAAGGAAAAUCGAGUGGAAAUGUAACCCGCCCUCAGCACCAUGGUGGGAAGGUUGGUGGGAGUGUCUUGUGAGAAUUGUCAAAGAUUUUUUGAAAAGAGUUCUUGCCAAGUCCUGCUUAACCUAUGAGGAAAUGAACACUGUUUUGUGUGAGUGUGAGUCAAUUAUUAAUUCCUGCCCUAUCUCAUACAUGAGUGAUGAUCCGUUACAACCAGAACCACUGUCACCAGCGAUGUUUCUCCAGGAGAUAACGGAAACUGGUACUCCAGAUUUGGACCAAAUUGACGAAGUUGACCUCAAAAGAAGAGUUAAAUAUCGACAAAAAGUCAGAGACGAUUUGCGUCGUAGUUUUCGUAAAGAGUAUUUAGGACAGUUAUCGAGAAAAAUGAAACAAGCGAGUGAUUGUGUAGUCAAAGUGGGAGAUGUAGUGCUGGUGGGGAGUGAUAAUGACAAACGCUUGAAUUGGCCCUUAGCAUGUGUGACAUCGGUGAUUGCCGGUAGAGAUGGUGAAAAUCGAGUUGUAAAAUUAAAAACAGCAUCAGGAGAAUUGGUUAGACCUAUUCAACGAGCAUUUCCUUCAGAAUGUUCAGAUCGUGGUGCAUUUAAAGAAAUGCACGACGAAAGUGAAUUGAAAAAGAAAAAUCCUGUUUACACUCGAAGUGGACGUUUGGUAAAAAUACCAGAGAGAUUAUAG